AUGCCGGUGCUGUUGCAAGGCCUCGAUGCUCUCAGCAGGCAUGUGGACAAGUUGGCGUCCGGCAAGAGCGAUGCUUCCUCUGCGCGGAAGCAAAAGUUCAACCCCUUGACGUGGUUGGCCCAGUACUUGUUGCGCAACCAUCCAACGCACAGCUCGGAUCAUCGAGACGAGCUGUGCGGAGUUGCCCUCACCAAAACGUUCAAGAUCUUCAAGGCUGAAGACAUUGAGGCCCUGACACCUUUGUCAGCAGAGCUGCAGGGAAAGCUUAUCAAGAACUCAUCAGUGCCUUACAAGUUUUCGUUCGUGGUCGGGAGACCGGCCAAGAGUUUCACUACAUGCGUGAGGGUGACUCUCUUCAAGGAGAAAUCUGCAGCCCUUGCUCGAAUUCGCGAUACAAUGGUCAAUGACGUCCCUUUGACCGAUUGCGAUGAGACCCCAGCAUUCACUAGCUUCACACCAGCAGGCGAUCUGGUCCAGUACGUCCAGGAAGAUUUGGCCAAGAAGUUGAGCGUCACCGGCUUCAAGAGUGAACAGGGUUUGGCCAAUCCGACUAUCACCAAUUGCAUCGCCUUCGCCAUCCGUGGAGGUAUGCUUUUGGCAGGCCACGACAAGGCAGAGAACUUCGUGAAGACAUGCGUUGAGGUUGAGCGCGGUCGCCGGAACUUGUUGAGACGCCUCCCGGAAUUUGAAACGACCUGGCAGCUCUUCACCCAUGGAGACGGCCUUUCAACGUCACAGAUCGAGCAGGUGUUUCAGCAACUGGACACGCUGUGGAAUAUGGACGGCCAAUUCAUCAGGAGCCUGCCCGCCAAUUUCGCCGCCAGAAUUCCUUGUGCAGAUCCCAACAAGGUGACGUUCAACGAGUUCUGGACUUUCUUUGAGGCACUGGUCUGCUUCAGCUUUGAAGUCUUUGAAAAUGCCGAGAAGAGACGGCAGAUGGCCGAGCAGGAGGCGCAAGAUGCCCUGGAGAGACAGCGGCAAAGAGAAGCGAACAUUGCCGAGGAAGAGCGGCAGCAGCGGCUGUUGAAGGCGCAAUUCGAGACUUUGUGUGCGGAUGCAUAUCUGAAUCCGGAGCUGAACCAGAUCAUGAUCAAGGGUGCAGUCUUGGCGUAUCCCAUGGAUCUGAAGGGUGAACACAUCGUCCUGAUCCUUCAACUGCUACGCGCCUGGGGCCACUCUUUGAUGGACACGGAGGGCAAAUACAUGGAGCAGGACGAAUGGGACGAGCACACCAAGGAGCUGUGGAUCGGCUGGCGCAAGUUGCAUGGACCACAGACCAACUACCCCGGUGUGGUGGAUGCGGAAUCUUUGAAGGUCCUAACGGAUAAGGAAGCGUUUCAGGCCUUUCAUCACAUUGAAGAGUGA